GGGGAGUGGGGGGGAGAGAGGGAGGCAGCGCCGCCGCCAUUUUGUUGUACGGAAAAUAGGGGGAAAUGGCGUCCAGGGAGGUGACGUCCUUCCGGCGGUGCUGAGGCGCGCAGUUUGAGCGCCGGUUGCCAUGCUGCAGGAGGAGGAGGAAGGUUCCCUGAGGAAGAGCUCUCUCUGCCCCAACGUUGCCACUUCCCAAGGGACGGAGCCUGGCCAGGGAGGGCUGGCGCCUGCCUUCCCACUUCCAGGAGAGUGGCGAGGGAAGAUGGACGAAGAGAAAGUGUAUUCACCAAACGGGGUGUUUGCUCACCUGGAAUUGCUCGAGGCGCGGGCUUAUGAGGCAGCCGUGAAGCAAGAGGAAAUGGAGCAGCAAGAAGAGAAGCUGGCCAGGCUGAAAGCGAGAGUGCAGGAACUAAGGCUCCAGAGGGAUAAGCUGCGGGCUAAAGUGGACCUGCAGCAAAAGGAGCAACUUGGGAAAGAAGGAGCUGUGUCCAAUCCAGCCCAGCCCAGUGCUCGAGCUGUUUUAGAGUGGAAGAUAAAGAGCCUUAAGGCCAUGCUGCAGAUCUUCUACCUCACAGGGAUCAGUGGGAAGCUGAGCAAGCGGGGAGUGUGUUUCUGCAUCAGCACGGCUUACGAGGGCACCUACUUGGAUUCCUACCACCUGGACCUGCUCACCAAGCCAGAAGUGCAGAUUUACCGUCACUCUGUCCCCAUCUUCAUUCCCCUGCAGCAGAUCGCCAAGAAGUACUUGCAGACGGACAUCAGGCGCUUCUUGUCUGUCCUGUCCGACCACCUGAACGGUUACGUGGGGAGGAGAUACCAGGCAGAGCAGUUACAGGAACACUUUUCGGGCCGGAUAAAAGGAGCUUUGCAGAGGAACUCCUUGUGUAACUUGCUGGUCUUUAACUACAACGUGUCAAGUGAAAGCAAGACCUUUCCCUUCAACGUGAGGCUGGUUUACGGAGAUCCCUGUUGCAGCCUCCCCACUAAAGUUGUGAUUUCCUGCACACCGGAUGCUCCCGCAUCCCUAGCGGAGACGGCGGCAGCUCACUCAGACCUGUUUCGCUGCAUGGCCUUGCACAAAGCCUUCCGCUCCGUCAGCAGCGCUGGCCCAGUUUGAAUCUCAAGAACGAUGAUUCCUCGAGGCUUUUGGAUGUCUUGUCGCAGGUAAUCUUCCCUCAGCGCUGUGCCGCUUGCUUGCGCGGGCGCCGAUCUCUGCGGUUGGUGCCACCGAACUCCACAGCUGCAGGAAACGUCUCACAAUUGGAAUCGGAAACUAUAUUGAACCUUCAGGAUCCCGGUGCUUUGGGGGCAAUGCCCUAUGGAUCAGCACCCUGCUUGUAUCCAGUGCACCUCAAAAAGAGGGGAGCAAGCGGGAAUAAUCUGUGCCCUGCUUACUGCAGCCAGGAAAGGACUUCAGGUUAGAAGCUGGACGGGGCUGAGGGACAGAGGUGAGGUUUAGUUACUGCCAGCAGCAACCCGUGCCCUCGUGUGGGCUGCAUUAACCCCCCCCAAAGCACAAACACUGACCUUUCCCGAAAAUUUCACACCAGCAGUGGCUUUACACGUGCUUCCCUUCAGGCAUGGGGCAGUUUCGCUGGUGUCCCAUCGUCGUGCUUCAAGUCUGCAUUCAGAUCUUUGAAACCUUACUGUUUUGUCACAGUAUUUUUUAAACUUGUUAAUAAAAG